CUUGAAGCCGCUGUAUUUGUCAUUGACAGUAACAAAAGUUCUUGUGAUUGACUGCAACCUGCGUGAUUUGAAGCUGCGGAAUUUCAUCAUGCGACGCCCAAAUUCAAACAUCGUCCCCUUUAGCCUUGCAUUGUAUUUACUCUUAAUUUCAGCAGUACCCAAUUUUGUUCUUCGUACAAAAGCCGAUCCCCGAAUUACAGAGGCCGGUCAUGGCUGUAGUCUAAUUAAUACUACAAAUCCCAGCGCUUUCAGUGAAAACCGCAAGACCGUUUUCUCGUUGCUCGUAAAAAAUAUAUCUUCCACAGGCUUCGCUACAGCUUCACAUGGGAAUGGCAAAGAUAGCGUAUAUGGGCUUGCUCAAUGCAGAAACGACUUGUCAAUGGAGGACUGCAGUAAGUGCUAUGCAACGGCCACAGAACAGAUUGUGAUAUACUGUCCCUUCGAGAUCGGGGCACGUAUGAUUUUCGAAGGGUGUUUUUUGCGUUAUGAGAAUGAGACUUUCUUCGACCAGGCAUUGGAUGGUGGCAACUCCAACGUGUGCAUCUCUUACUCCUCCUCAAGCCCUAAACUUUUUAAUGAAACUGCGCUGAGGUUGCUAGCGGACAUAAAAUCCAAGGCUUUCAAAAACGAAGGUUUCGCCACUAGUAAAAUUAGUGCCAAGGGAUUACAGACGCCCAUUUAUGGAUUAGCUAUGUGCAGGCGGACACUUACCACCAAUAGCUGUGACGUUUGUCUCCAGCACGCUACAAAGCUCGUACAACGAUGCUUUUCACUUCAGGAUGGAAGGGCUCUCGACGCCGGCUGUUAUUUGCGUUACUCCACCCUUGCUUUUUUCUCCAUUCCAUCCUCUUCCUCAAGCCCUUCGAAGAUUGUGCUCAUCUUGGUCGGAACCUUUGGAGGUGUGGCUCUCAUUGCUUUAUUAAUGGUGUUUUUAAUAUUCAGGCACCCUUUUCGAAAGUUUUAUACUAAACUCUCCGGCCCCAGGCAGCAUGAAGAAGCAGAGGCAUAUUUUAUUACCGAGGAGGACUUUAGGUGGGAUCAUUUAUUUAAUUACGAUUCUCUUCGCGUUGCGACUAAAAACUUCGAUGCAAAUAUGAAAAUUGGAGAAGGAGGAUUUGGUCAAGUUUAUAAGGGAAUAUUUAGAGAUGGGCAAGAGGCUGCAGUGAAGAAGCUUUUUGUACAAAAGUCGUCGAGGGUGUCGGACGAAUUUGUUACGGAAGUGAAGCUGAUCAGCGCUGUUCGUCACCGAAAUCUUGUUCGUUUGCUUGGGUGUUGCACACGAGGACCAGAGAAGCUACUGGUUUAUGAAUUCAUGCCAAAUAUGAGCCUUGACAAACAUCUCUUCGGAAACACGGCUAAACAACUGAGCUGGAAAAUGCGAUUCGAGAUCAUUUUGGGAACGGCGCAUGGACUUGCGUAUUUGAAUGAAGAAUCCCCCUUUCGAAUCCUUCACCGGGAUAUCAAAGCUGCCAAUAUACUUCUGGAUAAUGACUUUCACGCCAAAAUUGCAGACUUUGGACUGGCAAGGCUUUUUCCAGAGGACCAGACACAUCUUACAACAAGAGUCGGUGGUACAAUAGGGUAUACUGCACCAGAAUAUGCUAUUCACGGUCAUUUGACUGAUAAGGUGGACGUGUACAGCUACGGCAUGCUAGUUCUCGAAGUGGUGAGCGGGAGAAAGUAUAUUGAUUCUACACUUUCAGCACAGAUGGAACUCCUUUUAGAAUGGGCAUGGAAUUUAUAUGAGAACAAAGAGGCAUUUAGCUUGGUAGACCGAAGAUUAAUUGGAGAACCAGAGCUGAAUAGAGAAGAAAUAUUGAAGGUAAUCCAGAUUGCUCUCUUGUGCACACAAGGAACUCCUGAGUUGAGGCCAUUAAUGUCCAAAGUGGUGUCCAUGCUCACAAGCAACACGACGGUUUUUGCUCAGCCCAGUCGCCCGGCUUUUAUUGACAACUACUCCACUUCAAAAGGUUUGUCUUCGGUUAAUUUUGGGCAGAUGGAACCUUCAUCGACAGCAACAUCCCAGGCUACACUAUCCAUCUCUUUUGAACCACGUUAAGUCAAGUAGGUAGCCAUCUCUUUUAAACCACCUCCUGUCUCCAAUGCCCUUUGACUUGGAAAACAUUCCUUAGUUUACGUUUAGCAUAUUUCUUUUAUAGAGAAAUAGGUUAUAGUUUUUUCAUUAUUUCUAUUUAGAUUAGGAGUUCAACUUUGAUGUCUAGUUUUAUUAUAGAUUAAAACAACGUUACUGCUGGGUUUCUUAUUUUGGCUCUUAAAAGUCCAAUAGAAAUAAAGAGGACCCAGAGGAUGUAAGAUUUGAAUCAUCGACCCAUAACACACAUUUUAAUUUCCAUAAAAGUGA